CCUCGCUGGGUCGCGCUCCGAGGGGCCCGGUGAAGGGCAGUGCGGGGGAACGGGCCGCCCCUGCCCCGAUCAUCUGCCCCCGGGUCACCCGCGGCGUCCCCUGCCCCGAUCGCCGCUCCCUGCCCCGGUCGCCCGCUGCCUCUACCCUAGUUUUCCCUGCCGUGUGUCCACACAGCCCUUUGUAAAUAGAAGGGAACAAACUCUGAACCAGCAGAAUGCGGGCCGGCGGCAGGCCAGCAGCCAUGUGACGGCUCCCACAUAGCGUUGACGCAGUCCCAGAGUUUUUUUGGGUUGAAGUGUGAGUAGGGUUUGUCGCUGCCACCUAUAAACACAGUGCAUGUCUGACCCAUGGGGCAGAGACAUCUAAGCAGGGAGAGAGGAACCUUUUCCCUGUUUCCAACUUGAAUGUUUUACAUCUCAUAAAACAAAUAAUUACCCAUAUAUGCUGGUACAUUUUCUUCUUCUCUCCUGCUAAAUCAAACUCCGCAUUUGACCAACUGAAUUUUUAUCUUUGCUAAGUAUUCUUAUAGUCUGGGUAAGUUCAGUGGGUAAAAAUAAAUGGAAGUUGAAUGCAGUUUGGAGGGGAAUUUAAACUGUCUGCACAAAUUUCAGAUGGAACAGUGUUUUAAAAUAAAAGCACAGUGAGAGAGGAAAGCAAAAUGUUUUUAAUAGACCAGUGGAAAACACGUGAUUGAAGAAAAGACAAAUUCAUGCUGGAAAUAAACCAGUGAGAUAGAAGAUGAAUUCAGCUGAAAUCACUGAUGAUGAUGAAGUAAAAAUUCCUAAAAAAAAUGUGAAAGUAGAAACAGAAAAUGACGAUGAAGCUCUUGACUGCUCAGUAACUUCCAGAUCUGCUGAGAAACACUCACUGGAUGGCUCAGUGACUUGUCUACAGGAUUCCAGCAAACGGAAACAGACCUCCCUUGGCUGUGAUGGGUCAGGAGGCCAGCAGGAUGCCUUACCCAGCGUGAAGAAGAGACGCUUUGCGCAAGAGGGCUCCCUUUCAAACAUGAGGAACAGAGAUGCUGGCUCACCCACUCAGGUAAACGCAGAGCAGCCAACCAAGAACAAGAAUUCUAAUGUAGCAUGGCUCUGUGAAGAAGAAUCCUUCAGUGACAUAAUCACUCCGUCUUAUAAAAAACCUCUCUAUGGCAUCUCACACAAAAUCACAGAGAAGAAGAACCCACCAGGAGCAGAGCAGUUUGCUUCUUUCGAGUUGUUUGAAAAAAUCAACCCCAGCAGUCCCUCGCAAAUUCGGACUUUGAACGAUCAACGCAAGAGAGACUCGGCCACAGCCAUUGCAGUAGCAGCAGCCACAGCAGAUUCAGAAUCAAAUAUAUAUUCUUUGAUACAGAAAAUGUUUUACACGCUGAACACUCUCAAUACCAAUAUGACUCAGCUUCACAGUAAAGUUGACCUGUUGUCUCUGGAGGUUAGCAGAAUUAAAAAGCAGGUCAGUCCAGCAGAGUCCGUUGCUGACUUCAAGCCUCCCCCGGAGUACCAGCUGACUUCUACAGAACUCAAACAAAUCAUGGAUCAAAGCACAUCAGGCGGAGACCUGGCUUGCCGCUUGCUCGUGCAGCUCUUCCCAGAGCUCUUCAGUGACGAUGAGUUCGGCAGGAGCUGCAGCGCAUGUGGCUUUCUCAACAAAAGGAAACUUGAAUCUCUUCAUCUCCAGCUUAUUCGUAACUAUGUGGAAGUUUGUUACCCUUCUGUGAAGAAUACAGCUGUGUGGCAGUUGGAGUGUUUGCCUCAAGUCAAUGAUUUUUUCAAUAGAUUUUGGGCUCAAAGGGAAAUGGAAAACAGUCAACAGAAUGUGCAAUCAUCCAGUUUUUAUGAGACCGAGCAGGUCGAAUCCUCUCAUUUUAUGGAGGAUAAAGAGCAGGAAGAAGCUUUGUCCUUGGACAGGAGUAAUGUCAUUGCCUCAGAUUACAUGCUGGAUGCUCAGGAUCUCAAUGAAUUCUUAGAUGAAGCUUCUUCACCAGGAGAGUUUUCUGUUUUCUUGUUACACAGACUGUUCCCAGAACUCUUUGACCACAGAAAAUUAGCUGAAAGGUACAGCUGCUUUGGAGACUCUGGAAAACAACUGCUGGAUCCUCAUCGGCUUCAAAUAAUCCGUAGGUACACUGAAAUUUACUUUCCAGAUGUGCAAGAAGAGGAAGCCUGGUUGCAGCAGUGUGUUCAGCGAAUAAAUGAUGAGCUUGAAAGUACAUAUAUGGAUGGAAGUGAAUGUGACCAGAUGAGAGAUGACUGUUACGAUUCUUCUAGUUUACCAGAUGAUGUAUCAAUCAUAAAAGUGGAAGACAGUUUUGAAUAUGAAAAGCCUGGCAGACGGUCAAAAAAAAUUUGGCUUGUACCCAUAGAUUUUGACAAACUUGACUUUCCCCCUCCUGAUUUUGAUGUGCCUGUCCCGGAUUACCUGUUGAACAAAGAACAGAUUAAAAGCAUAUAUGAAAGCAGUCUUUCCAUAGGCAACUUUGCAUCUCGAUUGCUUGUUCUCUUAUUUCCUGAACUAUUUACUCAUGAAAACUUACGGAAGCAAUACAACUGUAGCGGAUCUUUAGGCAAGAAACAGCUCGACCCCACUAGAAUUAAAUUAAUUCGACAUUAUGUGCAGAUACUGUACCCCAGAGCAAAGAAUGACAGAGUGUGGACUUUGGAGUUUGUUGGGAAGCUUGAUGAGAGAUGUCGGCGAAGAGACACAGAGCAAAGGCGCUCCUACCAACAGCAACGGAAAAUUCACGUGCCAGGGCCCGACAGGAGGGAAUUUCUCACCUAUGCAAUAAACCCUGAGAGAUUUCGGGAAGAGUAUGAAGGGCCGCCACUGCCACCGGAAAGAAGUAGCAAGGAUUUUUGCAAGAUACCACUCGAUGAACUUGUUGUUCCUAAUCCAGACUUCCCUGUGCCUUCUCUGUAUUUGCUGUCUGAUAAGGAGAUAAGAGAGAUAGUGCAGCAGAGCCUGUCAGUUGGCAACUUUGCUGCCAGGCUUCUUGUAAGACUCUUUCCUGAACUCUUUACUCCGGAGAAUCUGAGACUGCAGUACAACCAUUCGGGUGCUUGUAAUAAGAAACAGCUUGAUCCCAUCAGACUGAGACUGAUCCGUCAUUAUGUGGAGGCAGUUUAUCCUGUGGAGAAAAUGGAAGAAGUGUGGCAUUAUGAAUGUAUACCGAGCAUCGAUGAAAGGUGCCGGCGUCCUAACAGAAAAAAGUGUGAUAUACUGAAAAAAGCUAAGAAAGCAAAAAAAGUGUCAGGCUCUUUAAACUGCUAAGACUUUGACCACUAAAUUAUUGUCAAGAGUAUGCUUUGGUUUAGACUGAAGGGCCUGUCAGGAGCUGAGGGUUCUCAGCACGUGGGACAGACAGGCACUACGUUUGUUGCGUUUCAGUGUGUGUGUUGCAUUUCUGUUGGCACCACAGCAGUGGGAAGUGGCUGACUACAUUUGUACAUGGGUAAAGACAUCAGUGAUAGCUGUCAAUGACUCACUAAGAGCAUGAUGUUCACUGGUGCAAAUACAUGUAUUGAAACUAUUGCUCCACUCCCCAUUUCUGCAUCUUCCUUUUCUAUCACUUUCUAAUAAUAAAGAUUUUUUUUCAAUGGUUGUGCUCUUCAAGAGCAGUUUUUCGUUAUACCAUUAUAAACAGUAUUUUUAAUUAAUUCAGAUUUUAAAAUGUGUAGACUAAGCUUAAUUUAAAUUUGAAAGUGCCAUUUUCAUUGGAAAUCAUUGGAAUAUUACACUUUGCUUCUACAGUAACUGCAGCUUCACACUUGUUUUGUUCUUUAUGAUAUUGAGGUACUGAAAGUUAUAAUACUGUGUCAAAGAGUAGGUCAGAAUGGUGUCAUUUGCAUUUUUGACUGUUACGUUGGCUUUAUUUUUAAAUCAAGAAUUUCCUGUUGAAGAAUUAAGACAUGUGCAUAGACACUGUGCGAAUGGGGGUUUUUUGUCUGUAUUGACACCACAAGCUUGAUCCUGCCCCUGUGAGUUCUCUUACUGUUUUGUCCAGUGUAACUGCUGGAGUGACUGAGAAUUGCUUAUCUUGAGUAAAGCCAGCAGAACAGACCCAAGCCUAUACCCAUGGAAUGUCUUCCCAUCACCUGCUUGCCACCCUGUUUGUAAAAAAGCAAAAGCAACAGCAACAUCAAAAAGACCUGAAACAAGAACUUUAAAAAAUUUUAGAUCUUACUUUCUAUCAAAAUCAUGAUUCCAAAGGUUUCCAGUGUUGAUAUUGAAUUGCAUAUAUAAUAAGUAUGUGCAAAGAUUGGUUUUGUGGUGAAAUCCAGUGUUUCAGGGUCCCAGCAUAUGAGCUGUGGUAAUGUAAGUUAUUUCCAUGAAUGCAGCAGCAUCUGGAUAUUUUGGGUGUAGGGAUAUGGAACUCCCUCACUUCACCAAAUUCUUUUAGUGUAAUUAGUAGCUAUUUGGAGACAUAACAGUGUAUGUAUAACUUAGGUUCAUAUGGUCAAGUUUGCAUCAUUAUUAUGUUAAAGAGUAAAAAAGACCACCAAGAACCCAAUAUGAAUUUGCUGUAUGACUUGUCACUGGAGAGUGCUGCUUUAAAACUAGUUUUCUCUUUCUUUUCUUAAAAAAAUUAAUACUGAUAGAAAUGGUGAGAGAGUCAAAUAUGAAUUCUUAAUACAGUAAAUACAGUGGUUGCUUACAGAGCAUCACUGGAACACCUUGGAGCAAUUGUUGAUGUUCUCUGUGGUCCUUUUCUGUUGUUUACUUAGAUGGGUCAUAGCAAAUUUUAAGUCAGUUCCAGUGUAAUUUUCUAUUUUAGAGUUUGUAAGGAAGUACAAAAUAUUUGAUAUUUUUACUUCAGAUUUUUGGAAUUUAUUGUUCUUAGACUCAUAUUGAUCCCUUUUAAAGGAAAACGAAAUGUUUUUCCUGAUGGCAAGAACUAGUAAAUGUAUUGUGUUAAACUGGGAGUAAAUCAUAGUUAGUAGCAUUUGCUCAUUUUGCCCAUAUGCUAGAAACAUUCUCAGAGAAUGUAUGAAAAAAAGUCGUGAAUGUACUAAAUAACACAUUGAUACUGUUUAUAUCCAUUUAAAUGUUUCCUGUUGGUUUAAGUAAUAGCAGACCAUACUCAAAAUGGAUAUAGGAGCAAAUACGGCUAUAAUAAAUUGAAAUAAUUUUACCAAAGAUAAAGAACUGA